AUGAAACUCUUCUCUCUCUUCCGCAUUUCCUUCCUCCUCUUCAUCCUCCAUCAACACUCCUCCGUCAACGCCAUUUCUCCCACUUCACGUUCCCUUCUCUCCCUUCCUCCUAAGCCAGAAACAGCGCUGAUUGCUACACUAGAUGGGACGUUGUAUUUAAUGGACACUCAGGAGAAUGGUUCCAUGAGGGUCAUAUGGUCAUUCUCCACCGGAUCGCCGAUCUACAGUUCGUAUCAGGACUUUGGUAAAGAAAAUAAUGCAUCAGCAGCACCGGUUAGCGGCGUCGUCGAGUGCGGGGAUGAUUGGUCUUUGUACAUGCAUGACAAGCACUUUGGUAAAAUGAGAAUCUCAGAGUCUAUUGCAGAAUUUGUACUUCGUACACCUACGAUUUCAGACGAUGGAGCUGUUAUACUUGGAUCCAAAGAAAUCAGUUUAUUUGAAGUAGAUGCUAAAACUGGAUCGAUCAUUCAAAUCCACGCUAAGUCAGAUGCUGGUAAUAUUUUUGCACCUUUGAGUGAUGCUAGGCAGCGCGUUAGAAAUAUCACCAGGGCUGAUCAUAAGGAUUUAGCUGAUGCUAUGAAGCUAAAUUUGUCGCAGACGCUGCUUAAGAUUUUUAGGACAGAUUAUUCUCUGCGGUCUGUUAGCCCCAACUCAGGAAGAGUAUUGUGGAAUUUGACAGUAGCGGAAUUCGAGGCUGUAUUAUUAUGCGAACAUACUACAUUUGAUGUCGAGGAUGAGUAUCUUUCUGACAAUGGACUCAAUUUUGCGAUGCCUUAUCCAUGUCAAGAGAUGCAAAACGUCAUUCGUGUGAAAAAGAAAUUUCUUUUAGAAUCUUUAAUCACUGAAAGUUUACUUGGGGCUUUUCAAGAAAGUGAUAUACUUUCGGUGGCCGCCUCAGAUUUGAUGAUUCCAUUGCAACCUAGUAUGGAUAGACUCCGUGAGCCUCUCAUUGAGAUUACUUCACCGGGUGAUGUUUAUUUGUACAAGAAGAGUGGAUGGUCAACUCCAUUAUCUAGUAUGUUGUUUACGGUUUUUCUUUUGGUGUUGGGUUUUUCACUCAUAUGCUUUCUUCUAGUGAAGGUGAUUAAGAAUCAAGAUAUACCAAAGGACCAAAACAGAGGGUCUGGAUUGAAAAAUUCACCUGCUAAGAGAAAGAAAACACACAAGUCAGGAAAGAACCGCAGCACUACCGAUAAAAUGGAAAAACAUCUUACUUCAGAAGAUGAAGAUGCGCUGACUCGAAAGGAUGCUAAUGGAGAAGCAUGGAAGACCUUAAAUCAAACUGAUGAAGGUGCUAAUGGACGGAGAAUUGGUAAAUUAUUCGUUUCAAAUGAAGAGAUUGCUAAGGGAAGCAAUGGUACCAUUGUCCUUGAUGGAAGAUAUGAAGGCAGGCCAGUUGCAGUCAAGCGUCUUGUCAAAGCUCAUCACAGUGUAGCCUAUAAAGAAAUCCAAAUCCUCAUUGUGUCUGACCGUCAUCCAAACAUUGUCCGAUGGCAUGGGGUGGAGUAUGAUCAAGAUUUUAUUUACCUUGCACUGGAACGCUGUACUUGCAACUUAGACGAUUUGAUUCACAUUUAUUCAGAUAUAUCAGAAAAUUCCACUUUUAGGAAGGACCAAGCACUCGAACGGUUGAUAGAAGGAAAAAUGGAGACAAGAAAGCAUGACACACAAUAUCUUUGGAAAGAAAAUGGCUAUCCGUCACCUCUAUUACUGAAAUUAAUGAGGGAUAUUGUUUCCGGGGUUGUUCAUUUGCAUGAACUAGGAAUAAUACAUCGAGAUUUGAAACCCCAAAAUGUUCUAAUAAACAAGGAAAGAUCCCUAUGUGCGAAGCUUUCUGACAUGGGCAUUAGCAAACGUCUUCUUGAAAAUAUGUCCUCUUUGGGUCAUAGUGCUACUGGUGGGGGCAGUUCAGGUUGGCAAGCCCCAGAACAGCUUGUUCAAGAAUGUCAAACACGAGCUGUAGAUAUAUUCAGUUUAGGUUGUGUUCUUUUUUUCUGUAUGACUAGGGGAAGACAUCCAUUUGGACAAAAUCUUGAACGUGAUAUCAAUAUUGUGAAAAAUCAAAAGAAUUUAUUCUUAGUUCAGUUCAUCCCGGAAGCUGAGGAUCUUAUUAGCUGUUUAUUAAACCCUGACCCUAAUCUAAGGCCGAAAGCGAUUGAAGUGUUGCACCAUCCUUUUUUUUGGUGUUCCGAGACAAGACUUUCAUUUUUACGUGACACCAGUGACAGGGUGGAACUGGAACAUAGAGAGAUUAGUUCUGGUCUUUUGUGGGCAUUAGAAAACACUGCCACAACAGCCUUAGGUGGUAAAUGGGAUGAAAAGAUGGAAGCAGCUUUCAUUGCUAACAUUAGUCGUUACCGGCGCUAUAAGUUUAACAGUGUUCGACACUUGUUGCGGGUUAUGAGAAACAAGCUAAAUCAUUAUGGAGAAUUGCCACAAGAAAUCCAGGAACUAGUUGGACCUGUUCCUGAAGGAUACAACGACUACUUUGCAAGCCGAUUCCCAAGACUCUUGAUUGAAGUGUAUAAUGUCAUAUGCAAGUAUUGCAAGGAGGAAAAAUGUUUUCAAAGGUAUUUUAAAAAUGAUGCUUAG